CACACUUGUGCACGUGCAUGCGCAGACAUUGGACGAAAAUGAUUUACAUUACGCAAUGAUGAAUUUUGUUGGUUGAUGCUGCCAGGUGAUGGUCACCCGCUGCUACUUGUGAGUGUUUCAAGAUACAAAUUAACGGUAGAUUUUGGGCAUUGUUGUACUAAAUGCGUUCUCUUCGUCAGCUAUCGUAUAAUUAUGUAUUACACAAAUUGGCUUGUUGGUGUGAAAAAUAGAGCAUGCAUUCGCAAAGCAAACAAAACGCAUAGUAUCGACUGGAAAAGCUUCAUGGACCUAUAUAACAAUACAACGUCGUACAAUCGAAAUAGAUCUGAGCUCAUUUUAAGCAAGCUUCUUUGGAAAAAAGAUUACAAGAUAAUCAAGAAAAUUGGAGAAGGGACAUUUUCAGAAGUGGUGAAGGCUCAAAGCCUGAAAGAUGGGAAAUAUUAUGCUUGUAAAACGAUGAAGCAGUCACUCAGCAGCCUGGAACAGGCCAACAACCUACGAGAAGUCCAGGCCAUGAAGAAACUGAACCCUCACCCCAACAUCAUUCAGCUGCAUGAAUUGAUAUUUGACAAAGAAUCAGGGACCCUGUCCUUGGUAUGUGAGCUGAUGGAGAUGAACAUCUAUGAGUACAUACGAGGGAGGCAACAACCUUUGCCAGAAAGUAAAAUCAGACACUACAUGUAUCAACUUUGCAAGUCACUCGAUCACAUGCAUAGCAAUGGGAUCUUCCACCGUGAUGUUAAGCCAGAGAACAUUCUAAUCAAACAUGAUGUGCUCAAACUAGGAGACUUUGGCUCGUGCAGGAGUUUGCACUCCAAGCCCCCCUACACAGAGUACAUCUCCACCCGCUGGUACAGAGCCCCAGAGUGCCUCCUCACAGAUGGCUAUUACUCACACAAGAUGGACAUGUGGAGUGUAGGAUGCGUUUUCUACGAGAUCAUCAGUCUCAGCCCUCUGUUUCCGGGUACCAACGAGUUGGAUCAGGUGACCAAGAUCCAUGAUGUUUUGGGUACACCUGACAGCAGUCUUCUUCAAAAAUUCAGGCAGUCUAGGGCGAUUCGUUUUGACUUCCCUCCACGGAAGGGCAGUGGGAUCUCUCGGCUCAUCCCAAACUGUUCUGCGCCCAGUCUGUCAUUGCUCUACCAGAUGCUGGCCUACGACCCAGAGGAGCGCAUUGGCUCACGAGCGGCGCUACAGCACGCCUAUUUUAGAGAGCUACGGCUGGCAGAGAGGAGAGCUGAUAGUCUGCACAGGGCCAUUGGGACUGUAGAGGGAGGACAGAGCAGUGGGACCCCCAACUCUGUGGAUCACAUGUGGCGCAUGGCCAGACAGGGCAGGAGGCAUCACAACAUAAAGCAUGUUGCCGAGCCUCGGAUCAGACGCAACAUCCAACAUUAUCCAGUGGAAUUACCAAAGCUCAAUGUGGUAGUGCCUGCACCCCAGAUCACCUACCCUGUUACCACAGUGCCAGCUCUUACCAUCACUCACCGUGGGUCUCCCCUUCCAGUCAUCACGUCAAAAAAGUGCCACUUGCGGUUGGCUAAGCCAAGGGAUGAGUCCUACCGCUCUGCUUUCAAGACCUACUACAUGCCUCCUUUGGACAGGAAACGAGGUGGCUACUGAGAGCCCCAAUUCUUAAGAACCGUUGCUGUUUAACAGAACAUACCUGUAGCUACUGUACAUACUCUAAUCUGCUUUGUUUGAAAUGUUAAGACUAUAUUGUUUGAACAAAGCUAUUCAGCUUCUGUAAAGCCUGCCACUUUCUGGUGAGAAAUGCAAACAGGGCUUUUGACAAAGGAAUAUCACAUAGCAAUAAUUACCAGGGUUCAUUUGUACAAGUCAUAAUUCCUGCAGAUGAAAUAUAACAUGAUCCCCAAAGUA